AUAUAUAUAGCUGUCAGCGUCCAAACUGAGAUUAUGUCCAAUCUCAGAUCCGAGAUUGGACGUGUUCAAUGUUGGAUUGACGCAAUUCUGUUCACUAAAAUAUCAAUAACUUUUUUGAUAGACGUUGGAUUCGAACUAUGUUUUGAAAUUAUGUUCGCACAAUGCCGUUUCAAGUUUUACAAGCAUUUAGGAAAAAGUUAAAAUUAGACUAAAAAAUUUAAUAAAAAAUUUUCACGAUAAAUAGUUAUUGAUAUUUUAGUGAAUAGAAUUACGUCAAUCCGACAUUUGCCUAGGCCAAUCUGAGAUUGGACGUAAUCUCAGUUUGAACGUUGACAGCUAUAUACAUACAUUUUUUUUUAAUAUUUAAAUAUUUGACAAUCUUUAAGAAAUAUUUUCAAUAAAUAUUCGAAUCUAAUGUCCGUUUCAAAAUAUAAUGCGUCCCACUUUUUUUUGAAUAACUCAAGAACGCAAUCAGCUAGAGAUCUGCAGUUUUCACCAAUCGAAAGAAGAGACAGGGGGACGUCUUUUUCUCCAAUAUUAUAUCCGAUAAAAUCAUUUUAGAAUCAGUCAUUUCUGCAAAACAUUGCAAAAAUGCAUGAAAACGAAGCGGCAUUCUGAAGAAAUUUUUGCUUUUGACAUGUGAUCUAGAUAGAGGGACUUCGGAUCUAUACUUCAGGAUAUAAUUCGAAUGAUUAUCUUACCGCAUCCUAACGUUUAGCAAAUAAAAUCGUCUAUUUACUCGCAAUAAAACUAUCAAUUUCUUCACUUUUUGUCAAAACUUCAUCUGAAUGACAGACCAUUGUUUCGAUGUUAUGCAGAAAUGACUGGUUUCAAAAUGAUUCCGUCUGAUACGAUAUUGGAAAAAAAGACGCCCCCCCUGUCUCUUCUUUCGAUUGGUGAAAAUCGCAGGUCUCUAGCUGAUUGCGUUCUUGAGUUAUUCAAAAAAUAGUGGGACGCAAUCUAUUUUUAAACGGACAUUAGUAGAGAAAUUCAAUACGAAUGAUAGAUUCGAUCGAGGAUUUAUAUAUAUUAAGUUUUUUCAGUAGAGAAAAAACUUUUUUUUAUUUUAUUUUGUUUUAAAAAUCUCUACUUAUCCAAUUUCUUUGAUAAUACAAUCAUAGUUAAAUAUUUUGAAAAUAAUUUUAUUUAUUCGUUGUUUUUUUCUUAUAUAAAUCCUAAACAAUAGGAUUAUUGGCUGAUUAGAAAAUUGAAGAUUAGGUAGAUAAGAAUAUAUUUUCAUUUUCUAUAUAUAUAUUUACUUAGAGAUGACCAAAGGUUCUAAUCCUUAUCAUCAGACAAGGUAAUCUAUUCAGGCACAUUGAAUGAAAUAUAGCAAAUUAUGUUUUCAUAAAACAAUGCUACGUAUAUAAGAUUUUAACUCGUCAUAAACUCUACAAAAUCAUAUGUGAGAAAAAAUAUUCUACAAAUACUUUCGACUAAUAUCAAUAAGCACAAUGUUCAGUAACAUAUACCAUGCUUAGCUAUCGGUAUCGAAUAGUUGCCUAUCAAUAAAUUGACUUGAGUUCCUUUAAAGUUUUAUGAAAUUCUGGUUUACUAUAUCUCAUUCGCAAAGUAAAUAUGUUUGUAUAAAUUUUAUUGAGAUUAUGUUAAUUUAUUCUCUUAAAUAAAUAUAUAAAAAAAAUAAUAAAACUAUUUAAAUUUUAGUGGUGAACAAGCUCGUCUACAACGAAUAGCUCGAUUAAUAAAUAAUUUACCUGAUAUAAAUUUUUAGGUAUUUGUAUUGGAUGUAGUAUAUUAUAUGGUAAAGAUCAAUCAUCAUCCCAACAAUCGAUUUCAAAUUCUUAUGCAGCUGCUUCAACUAUUCUUGAACUUAUGAUUAUUCAUCAUAAACAAUUAUUUACAAAUUCUUCUCAACAAGAACAAACGUCGAAAUCAUUUAAAUAUAUUCAAAGUACACCAGGAUAUCCUCAACCAUCUCCUGGAACACAUCGAAAAAAUAAAGCACCUCGUCCACCAACAUCAUCUUCAAUUAAUCAACAAACAUCAGUUGAACAAGUUAAUUAUGAAAAUAUUUCAUCUGAUUUUAAUUUAAAUAAGAUAAACAAAUAA